CGUCCCCGCCGCCGGGACCGUGCGUCCGCCCUUUCGCCGGUGUCAUCGGCCAUGGCAGCCGCCGGCGUCACCUGCCUGCUGCUGCUGCUCAGCGUGCUGGUCACGAGUGAGCCAGUCGAGAGGCAGCCUGGCCGCCUGCCGUGUCCGGCCGUCUGCACGUGCCACCAGACGCCGCCCAGCCACGUGCCGCUAGUACGCUGGCACGAGACGGGAGACAGGGACCACGAAUCGCAGCACCACUGGGACUUCUACCACCACCACGAGGGCUUGAACCAUACGGCAGCGGAGGGUGGACAUGAAGAGGAGGAGUCAGUGCUCUCCGUGGUGUGCGUGCUGCAGCGCGAGACUGAGGCCGCCCAGCUUAUGAGCAGUCUGCCGGCCGAUACCCAGUUCCUGUCGCUGCUGCAAGCGCCCGACAUGCAACCGACCUACCUGCGCGUCGCCGAGUUCGACGGUGUGCGCCAGCUGCGCGGUCUCGAGAUCCAGGGCUACCACACACACGACGAGCAUGAGCACGCGGCGGCCGGCGGCCUGCACGCCAAUGACCUGGCGUCGCUGCUGGCACGCGCCGACCGUUACCACGGUCUGCUGGAACCGGGCGCCGCGCCGCGCAGCCUCAUCACGCUCAGCGACAGUGCGCUGCGGGGCCUGACGAGGCUGGAGUACCUCCACCUGGAGCACGUGCUGCUGAGUCCAGACCCGGCCGGGCCCAGCGUGGCCGAGUACCGUGUGGAAGAGCUGGACGGCGCGUCCGCGCCGCACAGCCUGCUGGUCGAGGAGCAGCCGCGCAUCGUGCCGUACGAGGAGUUCCGGCAACGUCAGGCGCCGCGCUAUUCCAACUUUGCCAAUCUGACGGCUUUGCGCUUCCUGCGACUGGCGCACGCCGGGUUAGAGGAGAUCUCGUGGGAGCUGUUCGAGGGGCUGGACGCGCUGCGCCAGCUGAGUGUCGAGCACCAGCUGCUGCGCACUGUGCCCGACUUCGCCUUCUACGGCUGCCCGAACCUGCGCCGGCUCUCGCUCGCCGACAACCUGCUCACUAUCAACAUGAAGAGCUUUGCCGGGCUGCUCGACCUCGAGGAGCUCGACCUCUCCAACAACCUGAUCUCAGAGCUGUCGUACAUCUCGCUGGCGCCGUUCCCGCGCUUGCGCGAGCUCAGCCUGCUCGGCAACCCGACACAGCUCGUCUACAGCGGCGCGCUCGACAUGAUGAACCGCACCGAGGUGCUGCGCUUGGGCGGCGCCGACGUGCCGCUCGAGCUGAUGCCGCACGCGCUCGACCAUCUGGCCGAACUGCGCGAGCUGACCGUGGCCAACGUGACGCUGCCGGCGCUGACAGGCGUCGAGUUCGCCGCGCUGCCUCGGCUGGUCGAGCUCGAGCUGCAUGGCUCGGUGCCACGCCUGGAGUUUGACGCGCUACGCUCCAACGGAGCGUUGGAGCGACUCGACCUGUCGCGCUGCCACCUGGAGGAAGUGUCGCAGGACGCGUUCCUCGGCUUGGCGCGCCUCACCGUGCUCGACCUGUCGCACAACCUGCUGGAGGAUCUGCCGUCCGAGGUGUUCAGCCCGCUGGUGGCCCUGCGCGAGGUGUAUCUGCACCACAACCUGCUGAGCUGGCUGUCGCCGGCCGUGCUGGGCCCGGUGCGGCCCAAGCUGCUCCAGAUACAUCACAACCCGUGGGAGUGCAGCUGCCAGCUGUCCUUCCUCAGCGCCGCCAUGACCAACAAGGUGCGCAGCUCACGGGCGACCAUCUGCCGGUGGGACAGCAGCGCCCCUAGCGGCCGCGUGUGCAAACACGAGGAGCGCGAGCACCUGACCUACGACGUUCGCGUGGAGCCGCGCUGCCACCAGCCGGAACAGUACCGCCACUGGGGCCUGUACGAGGUGCUGCGGCGUGAGCUGCGCUGCAAGCGUGCGCCGCCGCCCCCGACCGCCGCCCGUGGCGGCAAGUACUUGACGCUGGGCGAGGCCGACGACGCCGACUAUCAGCUGAUCGCAGCCGACGACGUGGUGCUGCUGGACGACCCGACCGAGUACGAGGACUAUGGGGAGGCGGACGCCGGGUACGCGGACGAGGAGUUGGCGAUGGCCGAGUAUGCGGCGGACGACUAUGGGGAGGAGGCGGAGGCGGUGGAGGCGGCGGAGGCGGCGGAGGCGGCGGCUCCGGUGGAACCCGCCCUUGUCACGGAGGGCUAUGCUACCAUCUCGCCUGAACUGUUCGCCAUGCUGUCCAAGAAGGCGCAGAAGCUCGAGCUGGAGAGGAUGAACCCCAAGUUCCGCAAGCACUACAAGCUGUGAGGCUAUCAGAGCAGCGGGCGGGGUAGAUUGCGUCACUCCAUGGUUGGCUGGUGAGCCGUGGCUGACAGGCAGUGACUCUCCGCGUGCCACCCGCUAACAGUGACUUCCGCGUGCCACCCGCUGACAACGGCUCUCCGCGCGCAUCCACUAACUGCGGAGGAACGCCACGCCCGUCGUUAUUCGUAGGCUAGCAAACCACACUGCAACCACUGCGGUGGUCGCGUUGACAGAACGCCGUUCGGGUGGAGGCGUUUGUCCCUUUGCCCCCCCCCCCCCCCCACAACUCCAAACGCUCACCAUGUCCGUUGCAUUCCAACUCCGUCGUAUCUGAUUUUGACUUUGUAAUUACAUGUACGAUGUCGACUCGUAAGCCUAAUACACUGUACUAUAUCACUAA